AUGAGGAUCCAAAUUGUACUACUAAUUCUGUGCUUUACUACUGUCCUGACCCUAGCUGAGGAUAGUAAGACGUUGAAAGAUGAUCCCGAAAUUCUGGAGAUUCUCAAAAAAGGCGAGGAGGAGCUGAAGAAACUGAACCACGAGGUUCACGGUCUAGCCAACUCACAGAAAGGCAUUGAAGAGAAAAUCAAGAGGCAGCGUGACCAGUUGAAGGGUAUUACCCGUCUCGAGGAAGAUUUGGUUAAACUUCAAAAUGACACUGCCCACAGCUUUCAACUGACUGCAAGUGGGGUGAGAAAUCUUACCUCUAGCAUUCGCUCCUUUGAAGUGAAAAACAAUGAGGCGCUGCAAAAUCUAAACAAAAUUGAACUCCAGAUCAAAGAAGUCAUUGGCAAAGUGGAUGCCAACCAAAAUGUACAUAAAAACGAAUUAAAAAACGUAUCCAAGGCGGUGGAGAAGCAUUUAGAAGAUCUCAGCAAUUUACUUAGGCAAUCCAUUACAAGAGAAUUGGUUUCUCUAGAAAAGACAGCGAAAAACAUGAAAUCUGCGCAAAAGAAUAUUGAUCACAAAGUCUUGCAUUUAAAUGAGCUAAAUGACAUGACUGGCAGAGCUAACUAUAAAAUAGAUGAAUUGGAACAGAGUCUACAACUAGUUAACAAUACGCAAACUCAAAGGUUAGCUGACAUCUCCAAGUCCGCCCUGAAGGUUGAUGUGGGCGUGGAACAUAUCGCCAAGAAACUCGUUCAAUUGCUGAGCAAUCAGAAGAGCAUCGAAAAGAAGCUAAGGGACUGUACGGAAUAUAAGCAUCCCAGCCAACCAACUGAUCUGAAGGACAUAUGGGCGCCACCAUAUUCGGCUCAUAACCCAUCAUUUUGGUAA